AUGGGGGUGGGCUUGGGGGUGACAAAUCAAAAGGGUAAAUUUUCUUUGGCUGUUGACAAAACCAAUGACUGUCUUGUGCUAGAGAUGCCUUAUCAAGGCCGCAAUUAUCUGAGUCUAUUGAUUGCUCUUCCCACCAAAGAUGAUGGCCUUGGUCAACUUGAGACGAAGCUCUCUGCAGACAUCCUGCAAUCCUGGGACACAGGGCUCAAAUCAAGAGAAGUGAUCGUACUAUUACCAAAGUUCAAACUAGAAACAACAUUCCAACUGAAGGAGGUUCUGAAACGAAUGGGAAUGCCCGACGCUUUUGAUGAGGAUAGGGCUAACUUCGAAGGCAUCUCAGGUGAUAGAGAGUUGCACAUCUCUGCCGUCAUCCACAAGGCCUUUGUUGAUGUCAAUGAGGAAGGGAGUGAGGCAGCUGCUGCAACGGCUGUUGAGAUGAGGAGAAGAUGGGGAUGCGCUCCACCAAGCGAACGUGAAAAGCCGAUUCUGUUUCGAGCAGACAAGAGAAAGAAGACGAUUCGACCUACAUGUAACGUGUAA